AUGGCGCCUCCGUAUCGGAAUGAUAAAUUUUCGAGUUCAUCUCGUCGACCUUUUCCUUCGCGAAAUGAUCAUGGCAGCAUGUAUGAUGAUCGAUCACGAUCUCGCUCGCCUGAUCGUGCACGCUCGCCUCGAAGACUAGCUGCCGACGGCAGACCCGAGUACCCCAGAGACCGAGAAUCUGGACAAGGCUACCGAAACCAUGAUCGCGAUGAUUAUCGCCAUCGAACUUCGCGCUCAUCUCCUCACAGAGGUAGAAAUACGUACAAAGACCGCGAUCGAGAGGGUUAUCGAAGUGCGAGCGGCAAUCGAAGCCGAUCUCGUAGCCCUCGUCGAGGCCAGUCCCAUAUGGGACAGGUGAGCCGAGAAGUGAUGAUGGACGGACUUCCAGUGGACAUGGCAGAGGAACAUAUCGCGACUGAACUCAGCAAUGCCUAUCAUGUCGAUGGCCUGGAAAAUAUUCGGGUCAUUCGGGACCGACAGACGAAGUUGUCGCGGCAACUAGGGUUCCUGCGUUUUCCCACGAUUGACGCAUCGCGCGAUUUCGUCGAACGCAAUCACCCUUUCAUCUUCUUUUAUGGUCCCACAAACGACCGAAGCACGAAAGUACGCAUAGCUUACAGCCGCGAGAGGGAAGACCGAGCUCGUGCAAGAGGCGCAAGUGAUUGGAACUGUAGGCAGUGUCUCGUUCUCAACUUCUCCACACGUUCCCAUUGUUUCAAGUGCGGUAUUCCACGACCCGAUAUGGAUUCUACCGGUCCCCCUGGAGUUUCCGCUCCCAAGAUAGCUAACGAAGGUGACAAUGAUGUCGCUCCCGAGGGCCAGCCUUCCCAGUUCCUCCUGAUCCGUGGUCUGGCGGCGUCUGUGACAGAGGAGCUACUCGCAAAAGGAGUUUCUAAACUGUAUCGCCCAUCUGGCAACAAUGACAGUGCCCCUGACAAUCAAAAGAAGGGGUCGAAGGUAGCCUCGACCACUGGUGACAGCAACUUGGGAGCGCGCGAAGGCUCUCUCCGUCGCGUGCUCCUUGUACGUGACCGCAGAACCAAUGAAAGCUGGGGUUACGGAUUCGCAGAAUUUGCAGGAAUCACCGAUGCGCAAGCUGCAAUGGCGCGCCUCAACUCUUUCGAAAAAUUCACCAUCUCCUCCAAGCCGGUGUUGGUUUCCUACAUUCACGGCGGAGUGUUUGUUCCAGUCAUGAACGCUCCAUCCGGUGCUAGCUACUUCACUUUCAGCCCAUCUAACAACCCAUCGCUGAAAUUGAUGUACUGGGAUGAUGCAGCAUUCGUCACGGAACUCGUGGUGUCAACUGAGGAAGACGAUGCCGCGCAGGAGCAGAGAGCGAACAAGACAACUUCCAACAAAGGAGACGCCCAAGCCAAGGGCAUGAAGGACUCCGACAAGGGUAAAAAGAGAAAGAUCGACGGCCCGGCUAGUGCCAGUACAAAGAAGCUUGCAAUGCCAUCCCAGCUUCAAUUCUGGAGUGACCGUCACGCUGAGCUACAUGGGAUCAACCGAGAUGCUUCUGGAAACCCCGCAGAGAGCUCAAGCUCAGUAACUCCCGCGACUGAAUCAGCUGCUCCGGCGAUUGAACCAGCUGGUCUGGCGACUGAACCAGCUGUUCCGGCGACUGAACCAGCUGUUCUGGCCACUGAACCAGCUGCUCCGCCGGCUCCAUCAUUUGCAGACUUCAACAAGAACCGCUGCCUCUUGUGCAUGCAAGAUCUGGUGGAUGCGGGUCACCUGAGAUAUCACGAGCGCGAAAGUGACAUCCACCGCGAAAAUCUGAAGGAUAUCAAUUUGAGAAUACGCGGCAUAUGCUGGAUGAUAAUCUAUCAUGUAAUACCCAUGCCAACUCCGAAUUACAAAGACAGCAAGGAUGAAUACCGCGAGGCACUUGAGCGAGAAUAUUCCAUCCCUCCAACCCCUCGAUCAUUUGCAGACCUAAAGCGGAACUGGUGCCUGUUGUGCUUCACCAAGUUUGAUACCCCGGAAGAUGUCCUUGUACACGACCGCGUCAGUGAACGCCAUCUGAAGGAAUUGCAAGAUGAAGAGGCAGUGAAGUAUGGCUUGGACCAGCUUAAACAGGCGGGUAUCGCGCAGGAUAUCAAGCCUGCUGCACCUACUACACCUGCUGCACCUACUACACCUGCUGCGCCUGCUGCUCCCGCUGCGUCUGCUGCACCUGCUGCACCCGAAUACCGAGACCGCGCCAAGGAGCGCCGCGCGGCGUUCGGACGUGACGAUGCUAAUGCCCGCCAGCGUCCCGCCGAACCAGAAGAAGAGGAUGAGACGCCCGUGCAGUCAACCUCGAUCGGUGCUUCUCUUCUCAGCAAGAUGGGCUGGAAGGAAGGAACUGGCCUUGGUGCUCAAGGAACCGGCGUGACCGAGCCGAUUCCUACUGAAAUCUAUGCCCAGGGUGUGGGACUGGGUGCUCAAGGGGGUCGACUAGGUGAGGCAACCGAAGAAGCUGGUCGGAACACCCGGGGUCGGUACGACGAGUUCCUGGAGAAGACCCGGGACACCGCCCGCCAGCGCUACGAGGAGAUGGACCGCUCCUGA